UCACUGAAAAACCCACAGAGAAGCGGACAUUUUUGUUUGCUAUGAUGGCGUUUAGGCUGCUCCUGUCCUGUGUUCUUCUUACGUCAGGGUUCAGUGCUGAGAUCUCUGUGUUUGUUCAGACAGGAGCUUCUGUUCAACUGGAUAUACAGACACAAGAACUACCAGAGUUUGAUGAUUUAUCCUGGAAAAAAAAUAUUUCAGAGAAUAUAGUUAAAUAUACAAGUGAAUCUAAAAAAGAAAAACGUUACUCUUCCUACAAGGACAGAAUGGAUUUCAAUAAUAGAACCUUCUCUCUGACACUGAAGAACAUGCAGAAGACAGACAGUGGAAUCUACAGAGCAAUAGCAGCUGCAGAAUCAGACAACAAUAUUGUUACAUACAGAGUAUCUGUUAUAGAUGCAGUGGAAGCUCCGGUCCUGACUGUAAACUCAAACUCAUCCAGUCCUGACCCCUGUAACUCUACAUGUAAUGGAAGUAGUAACAUUAUCAUCAGCUUCAUCUAUGAUAGUAGCAGCUGUUCUCCAGAAGAAGUGAUAUCAUCUGAUAACUACAUUCUAAGACUGAGCUGCAUUGGUGACUCCAUCAUGUGUAACUACAGCAACCAAGUGAGCUGGAAAACUGACACAAAGAAGGUUAAUGAACUCUGCACUGCUAAAACAGAAAAACAUGAAGAAGCACCUGCGUUUCCCCCUUGGGUCAUUUUUAUUUGUCUAAUCACAUUGGCAUUGGCAGUGAUCGGCUUCUGUAUUUACAAGAGGAAAAAAGGCACCCAGAAGAAUGAACAAACAAUCUACGCAGAAGUUGACGAGAACAUCAAGCCACAAAAGUCACUGGAGAUGUUGGAGAAAUCAGAUAAUCCUCAGACAGUGUAUGAUACUGCAAGAGAUUCAGGACAAACUGAUGUUACCAACCACACCACACCCAACGACGACCCUAUGAAUCAGAGGUCAUCACUCACAGAGAAGAGCAAGCCAGAUGCACCAGUCACUAUCUACUGUGCUAUUCAGCAGCAACCAAACCCCCCCAAAACUGAAACUGAUCACACCAUUUAUGCUGCGGUCAAUAAACCAUCAGCCGGAUAUGAAUCUGCACAUCCACAAUCAGAAUAAAAGUGAACUUUUAACGAAGCUGAACCCU